AUGGGUCCAUUUGCUUUGGUUCUCGUAGUCGUCCUUGUCUGCCUCCUCUGGUCUUCGCUCAGAAUUGCUUUGUCCAUUUCACAGUCACAGUCGUCAGACAAGUAUCCCAUCAAUGAGUCGGCCACCAAAAGCCCAAGCCCACGAUCUGUUCGCCUUGUACAAGUUCAUCCUCCACGAGGGAAAGAAAUCGAAACCGAUAUCGACAUCAUUGCCGUCCAUGGCUUGGACACGAGAUCGCCAGAUACGUGGAUCUGGAAGUCGAAGACGGGAGACGUCAACUGGCUCGCUGAUAAUUUCAUGCUUCCUAGUAGAGUUGGAUCAGCUCGCAUCUUCACGUGUGACUGGCCGGCGAACCUCUUCGAGCAUGCAGCCUAUAGUCAAAAGAUGUUUGAUGAGUCUGCUCGGCUUUUACUUGCAGGCAUCGAAGCACAGCUCAGGCAAUCAGCUCCCGCCAAAACUCAGGCACGGCCAAUCCUCUUCGUGGCGUCAUGUCUAGGUGGCAUCAUAUUGAUGAAGGCGCUUGUUAUGGCGCGUUUCAAUCACAAUAAUAUUAAGACAGCUGUACGCGGUAUUGUAUUUCUUGCAACGCCGUUUCGCGGUACUUCGUUCCGCGAUGUUGCCGCGUUGGCUGAGCCUGGUCUCAGAUUAUGGGCUUUCCUGCGGAAUGAAAGGGUUUCGAAGUUAGUGAAAGAGGUCAUGCCAAGCCGUGAGCUAGAGGACCUUGUCGGAGACUUUACUACAGUUUGUAGAGUUGAUGGGUACGUUGAGUGUAUGGUUACCUUCUAUGAGACAGGGAUGUCGAGCCUGCCACGGAAGAUCUUUCCUUGGCUACCUGAUUUCCUAUCUCAAAAGAAACCGAUCGUCGAAGAAAGCUCUGGAUCUCUAGAGAUAAUACGUGAUCGUCGUUUGCCCUUGAGCCGUACUCACGUUCAGAUGAACAAAUUCCCCAGCCCUAACGACGGGGAUUACGGUGUUGUCGUUGGGCAAAUUGAGAGGAUUCUUGAAAAGAUCCGGGAGGAUCGGUAUCACGAAAGGGCAGACAGCCAUAUCAAAAAUCAACACUACGCCACUCAGAUGCUUGAGAUUGAGCGUAUCUCCACCAAGAGAGUAUCAGUGGAGACGUGCUACAUCAAUCUUGCCAUCAUCAAACAACCCGCAGAGGGCGGAACACAACCUGCGGAAGUAUCUUUACGCCGUCAGCUCAAAAGUACAAGUCGUGAAGGCCAUGGACGUAUCAAAAUAGCGGACCUCUUCGACAAGCACAAAAACGGCAAUAAUCGUGGGUCAUCGCCUAGGAGAAUUCUCAUUCGAGGACAAGCCGGCGUUGGAAAGUCUACAUUAUGCAAGAAGUUUGUCCACGACUUCAAGGAGCAUGGCCUGUGGAACGCCUUGUUCGACCGGAUUCUCUGGAUCCCUCUAAGAAACCUCAAGACACUGGCCAAUCGGGAUUGUAAUCUAGAAGGAAUGUUUCACCAAGAGUAUUUCUCGCAGCUUGACGACGGCGAAAUAAUUGCUAAAGAGUUCUGGAAAUAUCUCAAGGCAAGCAAGUAUGAGAAAACCCUUUUCAUACUUGACGGCCUGGACGAAGUGUACAAGGAAUCGGGCGAUGGCAGUAUGUCCAAAUUGCUUGGAUCCCUGUUAGAAAUGCCCGCACUUAUUGUGACUUCCCGACCUCAAAUCUCCCUGCCGGUUCAAAAUUUCGACCUGGAACUCGAAACCAUUGGAUUUUACCCAGACCAAAUUGAUUCAUACGUCAAGACCGUCUUCGCCGAGAAACCUGAGAAGGUCAAGCGCCUUCAUUCGGUACUCCAGCAACACAAACUUCUCCGCGACCUUGUCCGAAUACCUAUUCAAUUGGAUGCCCUCUGUUACAUUUGGGACACUGACGAGAGUAGUGUAUCAAUUGGAUCUCAACUACAAACCAUGACUGGUAUCUAUCAAGCUAUUGCCGGGAGUCUUUGGACAAAAGAUAUCCUUGCCUUGGGGAAGAAGAACAAUAAUGGAGAUAUCAUAGAAAAGGGGGAGCUUCAAAACCUCCCACUGAGACGCAUCGAAGAUUUUGUCCCCGAUGAGGUCUGUCUUCUUGAGGGGCUAGCCUUUACUGGCAUGGCCUAUGAUAUGAUCAACUUCACGAGAACAAACAGCAUGGAAACUUUUGACAGGUUUUCCCACAUGAACUCGAAAUUCUCACCUGACAACGUGCUCCAGCGUACCUCCUUUCUGCGUACGUCGAAUCCCUCAGCAAAUAGCCCCGUCUACCACUUUCUGCACUUGACGUUUCAAGAAUACUUUGCGGCGAGAUAUUUCGUUCGACAGUGGCAGGCUCGAAAGCCAUUGAUUUUGAAGAGUGACAACUAUUCAGAGAGUGUGGAGUGCUUCUUGAGACUUCACAAAUACGAUGCCAGUUACGAUAUUUUCUGGCGCUUCGUCGCUGGUCUACUCAGCACCAACAACCAGACAUUCACGCUUGAACUUUUCCAACUGAUUGGUCAGGAACCACUUGACCUCGUCGGCCCCGUCCAUCAGCGACUACUAAUGCAUUGCUUGAGCGAGGUAUCGGGAGAAGCGAAAGAGGGAGCUUUCAUUACAGAAAGAAAAAAGCUGGAAGACAAGUUUGCCGAUUGGCUGAACUUGGAAGUCAUAUUCACAAAUGAAGCAAACUACUCCAAACGGAGUUCCCAGAGGCACCUCUAA